AUAGUGUCAUUGCUACAAUUAGAAAUGCGAUUUUUUGCGGCAUACUUUGUUUUACUAUAUUUAUUUCAUUAUGAAAUCUAUGCAGUUUCGAGAAAGAUUUCCGAACUGCGAUCAUGGUUCGCUAAUAAUGUAAGAGGGCGACAAGAUACGACAACGACAGACACAUUGAAAAAGCUUUGCAUUAUUGAAGUGAAGAAAGGAAGCAAACAUCAAAUAAAUGUUGGAAAUAUUGACAUAACCAAUAAAAAUACUUUAGAAAACUUUAUAAAUCUUCCAAGCAUCAAAAUGCCUGAUAUAACGAUUGUCCUCGCAGAGAAUAAUUCUCCCAUAAAAGCUAGAACGGCGAACCAUUAUAAAGAAGAAGAAAUGGAUAAGCUAAUUGAACAAUUUAAAAAAUGUAUGAUUAAGAAACUAAAGAUAUUUUCUUAAUAAGCCUUUAGGCCUAAGCCAAUAAAAGUGUUUUAAAAAAGU